UGUUAUCACUCUCAAAAACAGCAGGAGGUGGAGAGUUAUAGGAAGUGAAGAUUUGUUGAAAAAAAGAAAUCUGGAGAGAGUCAAUUUCAUCCAUAAUCUUACAUAAGUUGUUAGUUCCACCAGCCAGUAGAGGUGGGGUGGUUAUAGAAGAAGUAAUGUAAUUUCCUAUGUUUAAAAACUCCUUAGCAGAGCAGUGUUAAUUUUCCCAUUAAAUGUUUCCCAUGGUGUGGGUUACCAACUUCAAUGCAGAGAAAUUGCAUUUAAUUGGAUCUCGUAAUGUCUCCAAUUCUUGAAAAUCCAAGGAGGGAAGAGACUUUGAUUUCACUUAUAAAAGGAGGUGGUACUGGUUGAGAGAAGCACUACUUUGGUGCUUUGUUAGAGAUCAUCAUGGCUUCCAAGAAAGAAGAGCUUCUCAUAAGAAUGCUGCUGCUGCUGAGCGUAUUGAUAUCAUCCCAAGGUAGUGAGUUCACCAACGUGAGAAAGAGGCACCCUUAUCUGAAGGAAGCAAGCAGCUUUUCAUCCUCAUCAGAAAGAGGAUAUGACUACAUCAUAGUGGGAGGCGGAACAGCAGGGUGUCCGCUGGCUGCCACCUUCUCACAAAAGUUCAAGGUUCUGCUGCUUGAGAGAGGAAGCUCUCCGUAUGGCAACCUCAACGUCUCCCACUUGCAGAACUUCCACAUCUCUCUAGCGGAUACCUCCCCAUCUUCUCCUUCACAGCCAUUCAUUUCUACUGAUGGGGUCAUCAAUACCCGAGCUAGAGUCCUGGGUGGUGGGAGUUGCAUCAAUGCUGGCUUCUACACUAGGGCCAGCCCAAGUUAUGUGAAUGCAGCAGGGUGGGAUGCUCAGUUAGUAAAUGAGUCAUAUCCUUGGGUGGAGAAGAGGGUAGUUUUCUGGCCAAAAAUUGCACCAUGGCAAGCUGCACUAAGGGAUGGGUUGCUGGAGGCUGGAGUCUCACCUUUCAAUGGAUAUACCUACGACCAUUUGUACGGGACCAAGGUUGGCGGCACCAUUUUUGAUAGGAAAGGUUUCCGGCACACUGCUGCUGAUCUACUUGCAGCCGGGAACCCCAAAAACCUCAACGUCUUGCUUCACGCCACUGUGCAAAAGAUUGUUUUCAAUACUCAAGGAGCAAAACCAAAGGCAAUAGGAGUGGUGUUCAAGGACGAGAAUGGCCGGCGACAUGAAGCAACCAUCAAGAAUGGAGCAGGCGAAGUAAUAUUGUCCUCUGGCGCGAUAGGAAGUCCUCAGCUUUUGCUUCUAAGCGGGAUUGGCCCCCGGAAGGACCUGGAGAAGAUGAAGAUUCCGCUGAUUCUCGACAACCAAUAUGUGGGGAAAGGUAUGUCGGAUAACCCCAUGAACACCAUCUUCAUUCCGACGAAGAAGCCGGUGCGGCAAUCCCUCGUGGAGACGGUGGGCAUCACCAAGAUGGGGACUUUCAUUGAAGCCACCAGCGGCUUCAGCCAAUCCUCCGACAGCAUCCGCUAUCACCACGGCAUAAUGUCCGGCGAGAUAGGGCAGCUCUCCACCAUCCCCCCAAAGCAGCGAACCCUAGAGGCCGCCCAAAAGUACGCCAGGAACAAGCGGAACCUCCCCUGGGAAGCCUUCCGCGGCGGCUUCAUCCUAGAAAAGAUCGACGGCCCGUUCUCCACCGGCGAGCUCCGCCUCGUCGACGCCGAAGUCGACACCACCCCCUCCGUGACCUUCAACUACUUCAGCGACCUGCGCGACCUGCGGCGGUGCGUGCGCGGGAUACGCACGAUCGAGAGGAUCGUGCGCACGAGCCACAUCGCGGCGCUCACCGGAGACGAUGAGUACUCGAUGGCGACGCUACUAAACAUGAGCGUCCAGGCCAACCUGAACAUGGUCCCCAAACACACCAACGACACCGCCUCCGUGGAGCAGUUUUGCAGGGACACCGUGAUCACCAUCUGGCACUACCACGGCGGCGCUCACGUCGGCAAGGUGGUCGACAAAGACUACAGAGUGGUCGGCGUCGGUGGCCUCAGAGUGAUCGACGGUUCCACGUUUAUCAAAUCCCCGGGAACAAAUCCUCAGGCCACCGUCAUGAUGUUGGGCAGGUACAUGGGAGUGAAGAUAGUGAGGGAAAGAUUGGGAAGGGCAACAAGAGUUUAAGUGAGAAAGGCAUGAAUGGAGUGCAUAAAAUGUGUGAUUUACUUAUGGUUAUAUGUUAAAUUUGGGUGUGAAAAAUUAGGCUUAGGGAUGGAAUUUGGAAGGUUGAAAUGGUGAAUUUGAAUGGCGGUUGAUGCACUGAAUUACAUGUUUGACCUUUUGAGUGAUUAUAAUGCAACUAAUUAUGAG